AUGUUUUUUUUGUAUAAUAAACUGACUGCUGGGUCAAGGAAAUCUGAUAAUAUAUUAAGGGAGCAAAAUGAAGAUUUGGAAAAAAAGGAUGUAACAUUAAAUUUACAUGAAAAGAAAAAAGUUGAAGAACAUAAAAAGAAUAAUGACGUUUUUAAAAAUGAGGAGGAUAAUUUUUUCUUUGUAUUUGAUGAUAAAGAGAUAAAUAAAUUGAAUGAAAUAAAAGAAGAACAAUGUUAUAUGAAAGUAAAUGAUUUUAUAAAUGAAAAAGGAUAUAUAUUAAAUGAUACAAAUCUUUCUACGAUUAAUAAUGAUAUUACAUCAUUAAAUAAUAAUAUAAUACAUUCUAGUGAUAAAACUGUUUGUACAAAUUAUGAUAUUUAUCCAUCAAAUAAUAAUAAUAAUAAUAUAAUACAUUCUAGCAAUAGUAACAUUUUUGUAAAUGAUUCACCUAUGGAAAAUUAUGAUGAUAAUACAGAUGAUUUUUUUAAAAUAGAUCAGAAUAAUUUUAGCUCCUUUCAAUUUAAUACCUCUUUUGAAAAUGAGAAAAACCUAAAGGAAGAAGAAUUAAUGAACCAUAUUGAUAAUAUUAACGUAUGUGAUACAAUAAUAGAUAAAACAAAUUUUAAUACAUUAAGUGAUAUAAUACCUAAUGAUAAUUUAUUUAACGAUAAUUUGAAUAUUUAUGAAGGAAAUAAUAAUAAAAAUGAUGUAAUAUCAAAUGAUUUGUUUAUUCUAAAAAAUAAUUAUAAUAUGAAUUUUGGGAAAAUUGAAAAUGAUGUAGCAAUAGAUAGAUUUAAUACAUUUGAAAAAUUAAAACAUGAUAACAAUGAGAAGAAUUUAUAUAAUUUAAAUAACGAAAUGAGUGAUAAGGAAUUGUCAAAUAAUAAUAAGGAUGAUAUAUUUUCUAUAAAAAAUAAGUUUCUUAUAAAUGAAAAUAAUAUAUCGUCAGAAGAUAAAGAUAUAUCUUUUAUAAAUAGGAAAAUGGAAAGUAAUCAAUGUGAAGAUUAUUGUGUUAAUAAUAAUACUGAAACAAAUAAUUUUUCGGAUAUAUUACAAAAUGUGUACUCAAAGGAUUAUGAACCUACAACAAUAAAUGAGGAUAUAAUAUAUAACAAUUUUGAGGUUAUGAAUAAAAAUAAUAAUGAUGAAUUUGAUUUUAUUAUACCUAGUUCAUUAAAUAAGGAACAAGAUAAUGGAAAUGAAAAAUAUCAGAAUGUAUUUGAUAGUAAUAAAAAGAACCUAGAAAAUAUAGCUGUUGACGAUCCUCUUUUCUCCAAUUUUUCAGAAGAAAGAAAGAAUUUUUUUCAAAAUUGUGAUAUGUCAAAAAAUAUUUGGUUAGAUAAUAAAUUUGAUGAGCAUAAUAUUUUUGAAAAGAACGAAAUGUAUGAAGCUAAGAAUGCAUAUGAAAAUGAAAAUUAUGAUGAAAAGGUUGUGGAUGAAUCAAGAGAAUUUUUUGAAAAUAAUCGUUUCUUUUGGGAUGACAAGUAUAAAAAUGUGGAUGAAAUUAAUGAUAGAAGGAUGGUAGAAGAAAAGUGUGAUAUAGAAAAAAAUUAUGAUGUAGAAGAAAAGUGUGAUGUAGAAGAAAAUUAUGAUAUCGAAGAAAAGUGUGAUGUAGAAGAAAAGUGUGAUGUAGAAGAAAAGUGUGAUGUAGAAGAAAAUUAUGAUGUAGAAGAAAAGUGUGAUGUAGAAGAAAAUUAUGAUGUAGAAGAAAAGUGUGAUGUAGAAGAAAAUUAUGAUGUAGAAGAAAAUUAUGAUGUAGAAGAAAAGUGUGAUGUAGAAGAAAAUUAUGAUGUAGAAGAAAAGUGUGAUGUAGAAGAAAAUUAUGAUGUAGAAGAAAAUUAUGAUAAAGCAGACGAAAAAACAUAUAAGGAAGAAACAGGAAGAAAACAUUUCGAAGAGACCGAAGUAAAAUAUGAUGAUGAAAAAACGCGAAAUAAUUUUGAAGAAAUAGAUGAGAACUGUGAAACAGUGAUAGAAGAAAAAUAUAGUGAACAAAUGAGAGAAAAUUUUUUUGAAAAUGUAAAAGACAAUUUUGAUGAGAAAAUGAGAGAAAAUUUUUUUGAAAAUGUAGAAGAAAAUUUUGAUGAAAAAAUGAGAGAAAAUUUCUUUGAAGAGGUUGAAGAAAAUUUUGAUGAAAAAAUGAGAGAAAAUUUCUUUGAAGAGGUUGAAGAAAAUUUUGAUGAAAAAAUGAGACAACAUUUUGUUGAAGAGGUUGAAGAAAAAUAUGAUGAAAAAAUGAGAGAUCGUUUUUUUGAAGAGGUUGUAGAAAAAUAUGAUGAAAAAAUGAGAGAACGUUUCUUUGAAGAGGUUGAAGAAAAUUUUGAUGAUAGAAUGAGAGAAAAUUUCUUUGAAGAGGUUGAAGACAAUUUUGAUGAAAGAAUGAGAGAAAGUUGUUUUGAAGAGGUUGAAGAAAAAUAUGAUGAAAAAAUGAGAGAAAAUUUCUUUGAAGAGGUUGAAGAAAAUUUUGAUGAAAAAAUGAGAGAAAAUUUCUUUGAAGAGGUUGAAGAAAAUUUUGAUGAAAAAAUGAGAGAAAAUUUCUUUGAAGAGGUUGAAGAAAAUUUUGAAGAAAAAAUGAGAGAAAAUUGUUUUGAAGAGGUUGAAGAAAAAUAUGAUGAAAAAAUGAGAGAUCGUUUUUUUGAAGAGGUAGAAGAAAAUUUUGAUGAAAAAAUGAGAGAACAUUUUGUUGAAGAGGUUGAAGAAAUGUAUGAAGAAGUACCAAAAAAAUAUGAUGUAGAAAUAGGAGAAAAGUAUAAUGAAGAGAUGUGGAAAAUACAUGAAGAAAAAAUAAAAGAUAAUUAUGAUGAGGAAAAAGAAGUAGAAGAGUUCUUUUUAAUUGCUGAUGAAAAUAAAGAAGAGAAUGAAGAUUCCAAAGUUAAAAUACGAAAUAUUAAUAACAACAGUUUUGAUUUUGAAAAUAAAGAAACCUAUGAAAUUGACGAGAAAGUACCAAAAAUAAAUGAAGAAGAUUUUGUUUAUGAAAAUAAUGAAACCUUUGAAUGUGAAAACAUAUUUUUGAAGAGAGAAGAUAAUAAUGAUUAUGAAAAUGAAAUAGAAAUAGAUGAAAUAGGAGAGGUAGUUAAAUUUGGUAAAUAUCAUAUGAAUAAUAAAAAUAAUUCGUAUGAUGAUAUGAAUAUAUUAAUACAUGAUUUUAAAAAUGAAUCACUCAUUGAAAAAUGUGAUGUUGAUAAUUUAGAUGGUGAUGAUAAUAUAGAUGGUGAUUAUAAUAUAGAUGGUGAUGAUAAUUUAGAUGGUGAUGAUAAUUUAGAUGGUGAUUAUAAUAUAGAUGGUGAUGAUAAUUUAGAUGGUGAUGAUAAUUUAGAUGGUGAUGAUAAUAUAGAUGGUGAUGAUAAUAUAUAUGGUGAUGAUAAUUUAGAUGGUGAUGAUAAUUUAGAUGGUGAUGAUAAUAUAGAUGGUGAUGAUAAUAUAUAUGGUGAUGAUAAUACUGAAAAUUUAUUGAAAGAACACAAAAUAUCUGUUAAUGAAAGUGAAGAAUUAGCACAAGAUAUAAGAGAAAAAUACGAAAAAAGAGAUAAUGAAUAUGUUGAUUAUUUUGAAGAGAACAGUGAUAUAAUAUUUUAUAAUAAAGGAAAGAGAAAAACAAAGGAUUUAUUAGUUGCAGAAUAUUCAGAAAAAUAUAUGGAUAAUAAUAUUGAAGACCAUGAAUUGGUUAUAUCGCGUACUAGUAUAAAAAAUGAUAAAGAAACAUUAAAUGAUGAUAAUAUUGAUUUAAAUAAUAAUAUUUCAAAUGAAUAUAUAAACAAUAAUAAUGACGAUAUAAAAAGUGUACAUGAUUCAUUUUCUAUAAGUAAUAAAAAUGAAUUACAAGAAAUUUGUGAUAUAUUAGAAAAGAGUAUAAGUAGUAAUGAUAUUAAAUCUAAUGACGUAUGUGUACAGAAGAAAAGCGAAAUAUAUAAUAACAAUAUUAUGAAAAAGAAGGAGGAAUUAAAUAAUGAUAAUAAUUUAAAUGAUGAAAUGUAUAUGUCUGAUAUUUCAAAUGAUAUAUUUAAAAAUAAUGAGUAUACAAAAUAUGUAGAUAAUGUAUAUACUUUUGAUGAAUGCAAUAGUAAUAAUUUAAUUGUAGGAGAAGAUGAACAUUGCGUUAGUUCAAUGAAUUUUGAAUAUCCUUUUAAUAUAAAUAAAAUGAAUACUGAAAGUAAUAAUAUUUUAUAUACACAAAAUGAUAAAAAAAAAACAAAUAUAAAUUCCUCUAAACAUCCUAUGUCAUAUAUAAAAUGUUUUGAAUAUGCAUCAGAUAGUUUAAACUAUUUAAAAGCUUUAAAUGGGUUACCUCCUUUACCAUUUUUAAAAUGUAAAGAUAUGAAACCUUAUAUGAGUCUUUUUAAUAUUGUUCUGAAGGUUAUCGAGUCAAAUGAUUAUAAUGUAGAUAAUUUUGUAUACAUUUUAAUGGGUGAUGAGACUGGGUGUGUGUAUGUGAAAUUGUGUAUGAAGUAUAAGGAGUAUUCUCAAGUUGACAAUACGAUUAUGUUAGCUAACUGUUACGUUGCAGUUGAAAACGGUCAUAUUGUUUUAUCAAUGAAUGAAUACAGUAAUAUAUUUUUACUAACAUAUGAUAGUAUAAAAUAUGUAAAGAAAAAUAUAAAUUAUUCUGAAUCAAAAUUUGUUGAAUUAUCUGAAUAUGGAAUUUAA